UCACGCUCCUCGUUCUCCCUCUCCUUUCCUCCCGUCCCUCUCCUCCGCCCCGAGGUCCCCGUGAUUCCCCUGGAGUUGUCGUCUUCAGCUGCUAUAUCUAGUCCCCGAUCGUCCGUUUUUGCCGUUUCCAUCGACGUCUCUGGCUGGAUUUUUCUGGGUUUUUGGAGUGGGUUUGCACCCGGCAGGAACAAAGGUGGGGGCUUUUGGGAUUCUCGGUCGUUUGCCUUGGUCUCAUCGACGCGACAAAUCGAUUGAAUCGUCCCUUAUAAUAGCCUUCCGUUCGUUUCUCUGCUUGGGCCAAUCGAAAAGAUCGGUUCUUGAUAUCAACUCCAGCGACCGACUCGCUCACCGACAUGAUAUCCUCCGUGAAGCAUUCCUCUGCGGCGAUCGGCGUAACCGAUCUCGUCCGGCGUGGAUCGUCACCUGUCAGGCCUCAGAUGGCCUCCAUUCCUCUGAUAUCUGCGACCAAAGGUCCUAAUUUGUCGCUUGCCACUCGGAAACCCCUUUAUCUCGUCUCUCCGGAGGGUUUUGGUUUCGGCUCCCGAGAUGGAUUCAUGUCGGCCGCGGAGCCUCGGGGUUUUGCUCUCAGAUGCGGGGCCUACGAGGCCGAUCGAUCGGACAGCGUCGAGAUUUCCGGCGAGGAGACUCGUUCGGCCGCCUCUCAGAAGGUUAAGAUCGGCAUCUACUUCGCCACCUGGUGGGCUCUCAACGUGGUGUUCAACAUCUACAACAAGAAGGUCCUCAACGCCUUCCCCUACCCCUGGCUCACCUCCACCCUCUCACUGGCCACGGGUUCCCUUAUGAUGCUCAUCUCCUGGGCCACCAGAAUCGCCGAGGCCCCCAAGACCGACUUCAAAUUCUGGAAAGCCCUCGCGCCGGUGGCGGUGGCUCAUACGAUCGGGCAUGUGGCGGCGACUGUGAGCAUGUCCAAGGUGGCGGUGUCGUUCACCCACAUAAUUAAGAGUGGGGAACCGGCUUUCAGCGUGUUGGUGUCGAGAUUCCUGUUGGGAGAGACUUUUCCUGUGCCAGUGUACCUAUCGCUUGUGCCCAUCAUUGGUGGAUGUGCGCUGGCUGCAGUCACAGAGCUGAACUUUAACAUGACUGGUUUUAUGGGUGCAAUGAUAUCGAACCUUGCAUUUGUCUUUCGCAAUAUCUUCUCAAAGAGGGGGAUGAAAGGGACGUCAGUUAGUGGGAUGAACUAUUAUGCCUGCCUUUCUAUCCUGUCCCUGUUGAUACUCACACCAUUUGCCAUUGCGAUCGAGGGUCCCCAGAUGUGGGCUGCUGGCUGGCAGACGGCGCUUUCACAGAUUGGUCCCCAUUUCAUCUGGUGGGUAGCUGCCCAGAGUGUCUUCUACCACUUGUACAAUCAAGUCUCCUACAUGUCGUUGGAUGAAAUCUCUCCUUUGACGUUUAGUAUUGGCAACACUAUGAAGCGGAUAUCUGUCAUCGUCUCUUCCAUCAUAAUUUUCCAUACACCUGUCCAACCCAUCAAUGCACUUGGAGCUGCCAUUGCCAUCCUUGGAACUUUCUUGUAUUCCCAGGCCAAGCAGUGAAUAGGGAUCGGUGCUCUACAUUUGCAUGGCUGCUGCAAUAGCAAUCGGAUGUAGAGUAGUAGAUUUUGGUGAGAGUUGAGCAACAAUUUCCUGUUCCAGAUAUAUUUGUAGACCGAACAUAGAAUAAUGUUGUUUGUUCUGUCAGCAUUUCUUUGAUGAUCAUGAAGCAGGAACCAACUGUGAUCUCAAGAGAAUGUUUUGAGUUGUAGCUAAACAAAUAAUUUCGAUUUCAAAUGCAGAUUGCUGUGGCUGCUGGUGAUGGAUGAGUGUGUUACUGCCCAGGAAAGAGUCUGUAUGUGUGUCCCGUCUAAAGAAGGCUUCUAUUUUUCCUA